GGGGUUGAACUAAGGUUUUAAUCGUCGGUGGUGGGAGGCGGGGAAGAUAUACCGGGCCUUAAGGGGCAGUAGUCUUCGAGAACAAAGAAUUACAGAGCACCCACAAAUCAUAAAUCUCGCCCCAACUAUUGUAGCAAGGUUGAAAUUGAGCAAAGACCAGACAUCUUUUUAGAGAGGUGUUCCCAAGCACCACUUGCAAAACAUUCUGACGGUAUUUCAUGACAAUGGAUGGUGACAGUUCUACAACAGAUGCUUCCCAACUAGGAAUUUCUGCAGACUAUAUUGGAGGAAGUCAUUAUGUUAUACAGCCUCAUGAUGAUACUGAGGACAGCAUGAAUGAUCAUGAAGACACAAAUGGCUCGAAAGAAAGUUUCAGAGAACAAGAUAUAUAUCUUCCAAUUGCGAAUGUGGCAAGGAUAAUGAAAAAUGCCAUACCUCAAACAGGAAAGAUUGCAAAAGAUGCCAAAGAAUGUGUUCAAGAAUGUGUAAGUGAGUUUAUCAGCUUUAUAACGUCUGAAGCAAGUGAAAGAUGCCAUCAAGAGAAACGGAAGACAAUCAAUGGAGAGGAUAUUCUCUUUGCCAUGUCUACCUUAGGCUUUGACAGUUACGUAGAACCUCUGAAAUUAUACCUUCAGAAAUUCAGAGAGGCUAUGAAAGGAGAGAAAGGAAUUGGUGGAACGGUCACAGCUACGGAUGGGUUAAGUGAAGAGCUUACAGAGGAGGCAUUUACUAACCAGUUACCAGCUGGCUUAAUAACUGCAGAUGGUCAACAACAAAAUGUUAUGGUUUAUACAACGUCGUAUCAACAGAUUUCUGGUGUUCAACAAAUUCAAUUUUCAUGAUCUGAAGAAAUGAUGGAAUAGGGAGUGUAGAGAAGUGGAAGAGGCUGUACAGUUCUGGAACAGAGACAGAAGAAAAUGGUUGGAAAGAUGUCUCUUUGUAUAUUAAAUAGCUGUAAUGUAGCUUCCUGAUGCUUGACUAAUUGAGGUGUUAAUUCUGACUUGAGAAUCUUUUUCAUGAAUGAUUUUAAUGAAAAAUUUGGAUUUUAAAGGUAUUAAAAUAUUUUUGUUUUGUAUGAGAGUUUGUUGCUCUGUAUGACUCCUGUAUGCAUUGUAUAUUGCGAUUUAUUACUGUCAGAGAUUUGUAGACAGUUUCUUAUUUUCAUAUUGAAUCAUGUUACUUUUGUAAUUCAAGUAAACAGCUGGGUUAAUUCAUGAUGUUUGCCCUUUUAAUAAAAUAUAAGGGUAGAGUUCAUUUUGAAUGCAAGUUGCCUUUAUUAUAAAUUUGAGUUUGUCUUGGUUAUAUAAUACCUUGCAUGAAAACCUAGCUAGAGUUUUAGCUUUUGAUGUAUUUAUUAAAAUUAAAAAAUUUUGUAAAACAUUCAUAGCUUAAGCAGCACCAUUUUAAAAAAAAAUAUAAUUGAAAAAUUGUGAAUUCAGAAGCAAAUAUUGUUUGCCCUAUUAAACUUGGUGCCUGUUAACAGUGUUUACACUGUUCAUUGUGCCUGUUAAAAUAGUCUAGUUAUUGGAGCUUUUUGUUAAGACUAGAUUUGCUUUUUAUGAGUACUGAAUUCAUUUAAGUUGAAUGUAAUCCUAGUGCUCUUGAAAUGGUGCCCCUUUCAUUUUGUAUAUGAUUUUUUUCAAAGCAUAUUUCAAAUACUAUAGUAUCCUCUUCCAGAAGAGGAGUUUUACAGUCUGAUAGUAAAUGUCCUCAUUUUACCUUUUUAAUUGAAAUGUCAAGUUUCCUAUUUUACUAUGGAACCAAGAAAUGUCAGACAUUGUAUAUACAGACUGUUGUUUGCAUGGGUGAGUGAAUGAAAUGAAGAACAGAGUGAGUGCUGUGAAUGGUGUGAAAUAGAAGACGCCAACUUCUAGUGUGCUGUCUUGAUCUUUGCAAUAAACUAAAUUUAGAUAAUGUAACUUUGUAUAAUUAAGUAGUAUAUACUUGGGUUGCUUCUUUUGUAAAGUAAGGAUUUGUAUUUUCUUAUCUGUUCUUUUUUGGUGAUAAUUAACUUGAGUUUUUUUAUUUUAGUGUCAACAAUUGCUUUUGUGUAGUUUGCCUAAAAGUAAGUUUGAGUGAAUGUCAUCUUUGAAGGACACUCAAAUUUAUAAGGUAGAAGCAAUUUCCAAGAUACUGGCUGAACAGAUACAUUUAGUUUGCCAGAAGGAGACUUUAGGGAUGUAUUUGUGCUAAUCUGAGGUUGAUACCUUCUCUCACCACCUCCAGCCCCCAUUUAAAAAAUAAUCUUUCUUAUAGAAAAUUCAGAUAGGCCAAAACAACAAGGGGGUGGUGGGGUGGUGGUGCUGGUGGUAAGCAAAUCAUCAUCCUACUAUGUUGAAAUAACCAAUGUUAAUAUUUUCGUAAAUAUCAUUUGUCCUUUUACUUUGCUAAAUAUGUAUAUUUUUAUAAAAAUGAACUCAUGUGCAUACUGUUUUGUAACCUGCUUUUACACUUAACAAUAUAUUGUGAACAUCUUUCAAGGUCA